UUGAUUAUGUAGAUUACGGUAAUCUAUAAGGCUCAGUCACAUGAUCUGUGUUUUAUUACAAGUAUAUAUUGUCUAGUACAUACACGAGAAGUAAACAUCGGAGGGGGAAUAUUUUUAAAUUAUCUCAAGAUACACAUAGACGACGUGCAAUAUGUCACAACCAAUAGGAAAUCCUCCAGAGAAUUUUCUGUACAGUAAUUAAAUAUGUCGAAAAUAGACGGGCCUCCCCCUCCCUACCAGCAACAAGGUUAUCCCCCUCAACCAGGAUUUGCUCCACAACAGGGAUAUGCCCCGCCACCACAACAGGGCUAUGCUCCGCCUCCACAACAGGGUUAUGCCCCGCCUCCACAGCAGGGAUACGGCCCGCCUCCACAACAUCAUCAAUCUUCAAAUGUAGUAGUUGUUACACAACCGCAGCAACAAGUCGUCGCUGUUGGUGGUUGUCGAGCAUGUGGGGUUGGCCAUGUAUCUGAUAGUUUUACUGCACUUGGUAUCAUUCUGGCAAUUUGUUUCUUCCCACUUGGCGUUCUGUGUUGUUUCCUCCUGAUGGAGAAAAGAUGUGACAGAUGUGGAGCCUCAUAUUAACAACAUUUUUAUGGAACUUUAUUUUAUCUGCAUGUUUUUAUGUUGAAUACAGUGUAUUGUUUAUCUUUUUACAAUGCUGUUUAUAUUUUAUAUGAUUCAAUGUAAGAUUUAUGUGAGAAAUCUUUGUUUUAAUUAAACAUCUUAUUAUAGAAACAACAAUAUUGAUUCCUCUUUGAUUAUUUGUUUUGAAAAGGAGUAUUCAAAAGGGAAAUAGUUUGAUGACUUUCUUUUCAAAAUUAUAAUUCUUCAAAUAUUUCAGCUUUAAAUUUUAACAUAAUUAUAUUUUUCCCUUUUAGCUCGGCUUUUCGAAGCAAAGUGGUGAUAUGCUAUUUUUUUUUAUCCCUGUGUCGGCGUCAGUGGAACACUGGUUAAUGUUUAACUUGCAUCUUUUUAAAAGAUAUUUAUUUGUUAGUUCAUACAUGUCUGGAGAGCAACAUACACGGCCAAUAACCAUCCUAUAGCCCUUUGUGAACUUAUGAUUUUUUUUAUUGAAGUCUGCGUGCCAAUCAAUCUUGAAAACUACUGAAGAUUAUUAUUAUUAUUAUUAUUAUCAUUAUUAAGUUGAAACGUGUGACAUAUCUUCGGGAUGUAAAUAAGAACACAUCUUUACAGUAACAGUGAAGUUUCAUUGUUAAAAAUGUUACUUUCGAUUUUUAGGGCACCGUUUAUUAUCAUGCGAUUAAUUUCUUUAUUAUCAAAUUAAGUUAAAAUAUAUUGUUUCUAAUUGAUAGCAAAAAUAAAGGAUAAAACAAAUGUG